ACUUUGUAGUAAAGUCUCAUUGAAUUUACAAGUUCCAGUAUCUGAAAUAUAUUUUGAUUCAAAUGAUCGAAUUGAAAAUUCUUCCUUAGUUGUUGAACAUAUUAUUACUUCAAACUGUUGAAGGUGACAGGUACGUUUUCAUUUUCGUCAAAAACAACUUUUUGAUUUGACGGCCUGCAUAUGCGCAGUUCGGCCCGAGACGACAUUUGACCUGAUGACUCUGGUUUGGAGUUUUACCCGUUCUGCCAGCAAGAAUAAGGCUGUGACCUCGGGGAUUUUCCUUCAAAAUAAUAGUCCCACAAUGAAGAUCGUGAAAAAUAAUAUAAAAUGUUAUACAUUUAGACCAUUUGUAAGGAAAUGUUAGCAGACUUAGAAUUUUGUUUAACAAUAUAAUAAAAAUAAAAAAAGUUAGUCGCCUUUAUGGCUCAGGUAAUAUUAUAGCAUCGACAUUAUUGUUAACAGCACUUCUGGUUUCAAAAUCUACAAAGUUUAUAUUCAGAGGAGCAUCGCUGCAGAUAAUUUUGUUGACCAUUCAGGUGUAAAUAUUUUAUAUAUAUUUUUAAAAUACUUGUAAUUAUUAUUUGUAUGAUAACUAGUAUGAAAUAUUUUGAUAAUUGUGCACAUUUUCCAUCAUUUUCACAAUAAUUAUAAAUUUACAAAAUGUACAGGAUGGGACAUUUAUUUUGAAGGAUUUCAAAAAUCGGUGACCCGGAAGUACUUAUGUAUUCUUGCCCGCUUCACCGUCGGUUUGAUUUUGCAUACCUUGUUAGAAAUAAAGAAAGAUCAAGUGACUCAACUGAAGAGGCUACCUAACUCUCAUUUGACUGAAAAUGUCUAAACUAGAUUUGUUGCGUGUGUUUUUAAAUGAGCGCUUAACUGCGGCUGCGGCGGAGAUUUUCGGGGCCGUUGAGAAAACGGUAGUGGAGUAUCAGGAGGAGAAUCAUCGGCUUCGUGGACUGCUGCGGAUUACACCGGGGAUAAAACUAUGCAAAAGAGUUCAUUCUUCCAUCAUAUGUACUGCUGAUUCUCAAGAUCUUGCACACUAAUGAGAUGCUAUUGAGCCCACACUAUGAAACCGUCUGAGCCAAGGACUACAUGCUGUCUGACUCCCUGCAGCUCUCUCUCGCUGUCUCUGAAGAGGAGGUUCUCCCUGAGCAGCAGCACUGUGAGCCGGAGUGGAGCCCCAGUCUGGGGCAGGAGGACCCCGAGCCCACACAGAUUAAAGAGGAACAGGAGGAAGUCAGGACCAGUCAGAAGGAAGAGCAGCUUCAAGGGCUGGAGGCUGAUAUCAUAGAGUUCCAAUUCACUCCUUCCUGUGCGAAAAGUGAAUGUGAUCAGGAGGACCCACUUUGGUCCUUGACUCUUCCCCAAACCCAGACUGUGGAGAACAGAGAGAGUGACCCUAAACAUUUUGCCACUGUGACCCACCUAAAGGGUUUUGAUAUUCCCUGUGACCCUCCAGAUAAUCAAAGCAAUACGUCCAGCCACAGCUCAGCCAAAAGCAGCGACCCACUAGGACAUGACAGCAGCCAACCAUUGGAUCCGAACCUACCAAUGGGGGAACAUUGUUCCAAACCCAGCACCAUAUCUAUAAAAGCUUACCGCUGCCGGGACUGUGGCAAAACGUUUCCUCUGAAAGCGGGCUUGCAGAGGCAUGUGAAUCUCGACAAGAAGAGGCUCAGUGAAUGCCACUUCUGCAAAAAACAGUACAACUCCACCUGUAAACUGAAGGCCCAUGCCCGACUAUGUCACGGUGGGAAACCCAGCACCUGCCCCUUCUGUGGCAAGACCUUCAAACACAAAGGACAUCUGUCUAGGCACAUGAGUAUUCACACGGGAGAGAAACCAUUUAGCUGUGGUGACUGUGGGAAGAGCUUCAAUCAGAAGGGGGGCCUAGGAAGACAUAUACUGACUCACACAGGAGAGAAACCUUUUAGCUGUCAUUUUUGCUGUAAAAGCUUCAGGCAGAAGCGGGAUCUAAGGAGGCAUAUACUGAUUCACACAGGAGAGAAACCAUAUAGCUGUGGCGACUGCGGUAAAGGCUUCAUUCGCAAGGAGCACCUAACUGCACAUAUGCGGACUCACACAGGAGAGUAGAGAUUUUUCUGUGGUGACUGCGGGAAAAGCUUCAAUCGUAAGGGGAAGCUGAGAAUUCAUAUAUGGACUCUCACAGGGGAGAAAUCAUUUAUCUGUGAUGAUUGCUGGAAUUGUUUAAUUACGAAGACUAAGGGCUCUAUUCAAUCAGUAUUUUGGAAGUUCAGCAUGAUUGCCAUUACAUUUCAAUGUUGCUGAGUUAGCGGAGACUGUAUUCACGAUAAACACUGCAUAUGUCGCCUCAAUCAGAAUUUACCUUAACAUUUCUAUUGUGCAAUCUGUAACGCUUCAGCAAUAUAGAGCCUUAACCUAACAUAUUUACGGACUCACACAGGGGAGAAAUCGUUUAGCUGUGGUGACCGCGGGGAAAGCCUCAAUAAGGGGGACCUAACCAGGCAUAUACUGACACACAGGAGAGAUAUCACAUGGCUGCCCAGUUUGUGGUAAAAGAGUCACUCAGAAGGUAAACCUACUGAAGCAUGGAAAAAGAACAUACACAAACAAGAUAAACUGAAAGAAGGAAGAAAAUAGAUGUUCUGUCAGAAGAUGGGAAUAAAAAUCAACUGUGGAUCAUUCAUGCUGUGUAUUUUAGAGAGAUACAUUAUGGAUUUACUUUUGUAAAAUGUUCUAUGUACAUAAAGUUUGAUUGGAUUUAAAUGAUUAACAAAUGAA